AUGAAAAAACAGAUAUCCAUUGCCAAACCCGUGAUGGAUUCAAAAGGUCGAACUCGAUUAUUUCAUUCGAUUUUUCUUCUUUCACUCUUAUUAUCAGUUUCAGAGUCCAAUCAGUUUUGUGAUGCCGGGAUUGGAUACCGUGAAUCUGAAUGUGGGCUUGAUUCUGUUUCUCCUUCAAAGAUUCUGAUUAAGGGCGGAACAGUUGUGAAUGCUCACCGUCAACAGGUCGCUGAUGUGUAUAUAGAGGAUGGUAUUAUUGCUGCAGUGCAGUCUAAUUUCAAGGUAGGUGAUGAUGUGACAGUUAUUGAUGCCAUGGGAAAGUAUGUCAUGCCAGGAGGAAUUGAUCCUCACACACACUUGGCUAUGGAGUUCAUGGGCACUGAGACAAUUGAUGACUUUUUCAGCGGACAGGCUGCUGCAUUAGCUGGUGGAACAACUAUGCAUAUUGAUUUUAUAAUUCCUGUAAAUGGGAGUUUGUCAGCUGGUUAUGAAGCUUAUGUAGAAAAGGCGAAGAAGUCUUGCACGGAUUAUGGUUUCCACAUGGCAAUCACAAAAUGGGAUGAGACUGUUUCAAAAGAAAUGGAAGUUAUGGUUAAGAACAAAGGUAUCAAUUCUUUUAAAUUCUUCCUGGCCUAUAAGGGUUCUCUUAUGAUUAGCGACGAGCUUCUAUUGGAGGGAUUCAAGAAAUGCAAAUCUCUUGGUGCCUUGGCAAUGGUUCAUGCAGAAAACGGAGACGCGGUAUUUGAAGGGCAGAAGAGAAUGAUUGAACUUGGUAUUACUGGUCCAGAGGGUCAUGCACUUUCGAGGCCGCCAAUGAUUGAGGGAGAGGCAACUAGUCGUGCUAUUCGCUUAGCUGGUUUCGUUAACACUCCUCUAUACGUCGUUCAUGUCAUGAGCAUCGAUGCAAUGGAAGAAAUAGCUAGAGCGCGAAAAUCAGGAAAAAGGGUCAUUGGAGAACCAGUAGUUUCAGGUUUAGUCCUUGAUGAUUCUUGCCUCUGGGAUCCCGAUUUCAAGAUAGCAGCCAAGUUUGUUAUGAGCCCACCUAUUCGAGGACCAGGGCACGGAAAGGCUCUUCAGGCUGCUCUCUCAACCGGGAUUCUGCAGCUAGUGGGAACUGAUCACUGUACCUUUAAUUCUACCCAAAAAACACUAGGAAUUGAUGAUUUCCGGAAAAUACCGAACGGUGUAAAUGGUCUUGAGGAGAGAAUGCAUAUGGUCUGGGAUUCAAUGGUGGUGUCCGGACAAAUAUCCGUCACUGAUUAUGUUAGGUUGACAAGUACUGAGUGUGCUAGAAUCUUCAAUAUAUAUCCGAGAAAAGGUGCAAUACUUGUUGGAUCAGAUGCUGAUAUUAUCAUAUUGAAUCCCAAUUCAAGUUUUGAGAUAAGUUCAAGUUUCCACCACUCUAGAUCAGAUACAAAUGUGUACGAGGGACGAAGAGGAAAGGGAAAAGUUGAAGUAACCAUUGCUGGAGGAAGAAUUGUCUGGGAAAACGAUGAACUUAAGGUUGUUCCAGGUUCGGGAAAGUACAUUAAAAUGCAACCUUUUAGUUAUCUUUUUGAUGGGAUCGACAAAGCAGAUGCUGAAUACUUAUCCUCCCUACGAGCUCCAGUAAAACGGUUUAAAACGACGAGUUGA